AACCCAGUGGCCCUCCAGUACUGACCACCAUCUUCGGCGAUACAAUGCUACUUCCGGCCCUACUGUUCGUCUUCGCUGUAGCCUGCAGCGCCUCAAACGUAAGCGAUAAUGAAAUCAUACAUAGUUCUUCAAGAAGGAUUAGCAAUGGCGAAGAACUACUGUCGGCUGUUGUAGGAGACUGUUUUGCCGGUAGUGACAAAAGAGUUUCUUCGAUGUCGUGUCUCCGGCUGAAAGUUCUGACGUAUCUAGAUUCUGUGGUCGGUGCUCAAUAUUCAAGGUCACUAGAUGAAAGUGACGCAGAGAAUCUGGACGCCAUGAUAUUGUCGAGGGUCACGAGGUACCUCAAGGGCCACGAGUUUAAAGUCCAGCUACCAGAGAUCUUGUUCCAGGAGGCAAUACUGACUUUCAGACCUGGGAAGAGUUUAACAGACUUCAAGGUAGAAUUCCCGAAACCAGACGCAAAUGAAGACAGAGCCAUCUCACAAGCUCGUGGUAUUCUGAAGAAGAAGCUUCUUCUACCCCUCCUGCUACUCUUCAAGCUGAAGCUGAAAGCCCUAAUGCCCAUCGUCGUGGCCAUCAUAGGCGUGAAGGCGCUGAAGGCCCUUAUCCUCAGCAAACUAGCCAUUCUCCUCGUCGCUGGCUUCCUCAUCAUGCAACUGUGCAAGAAGGCGGGUAUGCCAAUGCCGACGAACCCUGUGACCGUGGAACCAGCGCCUCCAACACCUUACGGAGCCCCUGCACCAGGGCCUUCCACUCCUGGUUCAUCGUACGACCCUAGCUGGGACCCAAAUGCAUCCUCUGGAGGACCCUAUUCUAGGGUCUGGGAUCCUCACCAGAUGGCAUACAGUGGGUACUACAACCAACAGCAACAACCAGGACAACAGCUUCAAAAGACACAACAGUAAUUUUUUCCAAUUUGGAGUUCAUACUUUCGAAAUUUCAACAAUUACGUAAUUCUUCAAUUGAAAUAUUUACUGAACUGCCCAGUGCCCGGGUAGGAUACACCUAAAGCUAAAGAGUAGUUUCUUCUACAUAUUCUCCGAAAGUUUUAAAAAAAUUAUUUCUGUGCACAUUUUAAUGAUUUUUAAAGCGACAGCACCUCUUUUAAUUAAUAAUACAAGAAAGUUGGAACAGUCAAAUUUAUAUUAAAGUUACUUUCCUUAUUGGAAUUUAUUGUUUUAUAAAGACACAGCAAACUCAAUAAAUGAAUAUCUUAUAACCUGCGAAAUUUUUGAUUUUCUUUAUUCGUUUUGGAAAAUCUGAAUUAAACUGUUACAUUAGAUCGAACAAGAAAAACUUUUGUAUUAAGAAACUAGACAAAACUCAGAUUUUUUUGGAGAGCAUAAAUCAGUCUAUCGAUAGCGACUAUAAGACUUAGUAGAAGAUAAUUAUCAUAAUUAUUCUGAAGCAUAUAACCGCUCGUCGUCUGUUAAUAAGCUACAAGUGUACAUUAUCAGAUAUUUUGUUCUUAAUACUUUGUGAGGAGACUCUCAUGUAUUUCAGGUUGUUUUGAACACACAAAAGCUCCCACUCAAACUUUUCUAUUUAUACUUUGCAACGAAAAUAAAUUUACUUUUCAUAACUCGGCAUUGCAUCAACUGUCUCUUCUAGAUCUGGCAUUAGAAAUUGUUCUAUAACUGGGCAAUGGUUAUAAAGUUUUAUAGUACUACACUUAAUUUAUUAGUUCAACACUUUCAAGGAGACUGUUAUUGACGAAAUAUUUUCUUAGUAAGUUUAACAUAGCAAAAUAACUGUCUUAAUUUCUUUGUAUAUGUUUAUAAUCGUUAUAAGUUUCUUUUAUUAAAACUGUAGAUGUUUAUCUUGAAGUAUUAAUAGAUCAGAGAAGAACAUACUUUUAAGUAGGUAUUGCCAGACGCCAAAGAUCUUCACAGUAUAAAUACCAGGUUGCCUUUGUGGUCGUAUUUUGGCAUAUUAUAUCCCCGUAAUAUUAUAAUUAUUUCUCUAAUUUCACAACUGCCAGGCUAAGCAGUAAAUUAGAAUAAUACUUAAUUUUGCAAACGUCGGGCUGAGCCCUAGAGAGGAUAACAUUUUGAGAUUAAUUUAUUUGAAAAAAUUACCUACGACUAGUACCAAUUUCAAAUUAUUAUUUUUUGUUUUAUUUUAAGAACGUUGUGAUUGUCUAGCUAAACUGAGCGUAGGAUAAGGUCGAACUUCAAGAAACAAUAUUAUUAUUUAUUUCUAACAUGUACCUGAUCUAUAGUUUUAAACAAGUCCCACACCAUUUAUCACGUUUAUGGAUUUAGAGUCCUGUAACAUAAUUAUUUGUUGUCAUGUUAUACAGACGAGUCACAUGAAGAAGUUUUUCCUGGUACUCGA